ACAGUCUAUGGUGACAGGUGACCCGCGCGCAGUUUCCCGAUCGAUGUCACAAAUUUCGUCUGUAGAAUUACGCGAUGUGCUCGUUUCUGUGAUAUUAUGUGUUUUCAGUGUGAAGGAUAUAUUUUUGUGCAAGAGAAAUGCCUGGAAUUGUAGUGUUUGGUAGAAGAUGGUCGGUAGGAUCAGAUGAUAUGGUCCUGCCUGCCAUAUUUAUGUUGGUUGGUCAUAUUAUUUGGUUAGGAGCAUUGUCAUAUAUUUUCUCAAAAGUGGAAUUUGAUCCAGCAUCAGAAUGUUCAAGAGAAUUGAAGGAUAUAGUAUUAGGAUAUAUAGUGAUAUUAUUAGCGUGUAUAGUUGUGGAGAGUAUAAUAACAUUAAUCAGUGUCCGUGGGAGCAUUCUAGAGACACAGCCACGUCUAAGUAUGCAGUACUUACUGUAUAUUCGUAUAGUUGUGUUCCUGGGGGAGUUUGCAUGGCUCAUUGUUGGUGUACGAUGGAUUAUACGCUUCUAUUUCAACUGCCGUCCAGAUGAUGCCAGAAAUGCUAUACUAG